UGUCAGGCAAUGAUGUCUUGGCAACAUUAAUGCUAACCGGCAUCGCUCUACUCAUACUCUCGACUAUUCUAACUUCAAGAGCAACUAGAAUUCAGUCUGUUACUUUCAAACUACCAUCUGGUUCAUGGUUUGCACGCCUACCAACGGACAUUCUAGCAAUAACGGGCGGUAAUGCAGCGCGAUCGGUUUCAAGGAAAGCUUGGAAGUUGUUUAAAAAACCAACGAAUAUUCUGUCGACGUCCUUGCCUCAAGCUGAAGAAUCUGCCUUUGAGGAACAUUUCAAAUACAUCAUAGCAUCGAGCUGUAUACUUCGAGAAGUCUCUCGUACACAAAUUGGGCAGCUUUCGGACGGGCAGAAAGUUGAAUCGAAGUAUGGUUACAAGGUACCCAAGCAAAAUCGGUACAUCUCUACAAGCGUUGUGCUGUUUCCCAUCGUCUUGGCGGUCAUCCUAAGGCAGGCGGGAAAUGCAGUGCCAUCAUUGAAAAUGAUCCCAGUGACUACAACACUUUUGAUUAUGUCUGCUACUUGUGCUUUUUCUUGGUAUCGACACAUUAGACAUGUGGCUAUUCGUAAUCAUUACGCUGCCGCCAUUUCUCGGCUGGAGCAACUGUCUAGCAGUGCAUAUGAGUUUGAUUCUCAAAUACUGUCAAUGAUGCAAGGAUUUACGGAUGAAAAAUCAGGCGAUGGUAACAUGACAGAGGUCAAUAGUUCAAGUGAUGCUGAACAGCACAAUAGCAUUUCUGCCCUAGUGGCAAUUUUGCGGCAGUACUACGAUCAAUAUCAAAAUUUUAUGAACCAACUGUCUCCUUACGUUGAUCAAGCCCACAAAUAUCGCCUUUCUGAUAUGUACAACAUCGACCCCACGGUACAAGCUGGACUGACUGAAGAGGAUGAACCAAUGACUGUAGAGAAUCUUGAAAAGCUGUUGCAGAAAUUCCACUGCAAGCGCCGUGAUUGUAUGAUCCAACUUUUAGCUUUGGACAUCAUGACGGAGGAAAAUGAUUCUAUCAGAAACGACUAUGAAAGAACUUGGGCUGUAUUGAACGUAUGGCUGAAGGAUAUGUUACAAGUUACACAAUCCAAUAUCAAGAAGGUCACUCAAAUUCCUUACUCGAAGCCAGUUUCCCCGGUGCUACCAAACCAGCCUCUUGGUAUAAACAGUCAAUUUUUGCUCAAACAAUUGUCCAUGCUGGACAGAGACAUGCGACGAGUGAGAGAAAAGAUGCACAUAUGCCAAACUGAGAUACGAGCUGGCUCACUAAGUCCUCAACGAAGCAAAACCAAGUUGGUCAAGCAAUUCGAGUCCAUUUCAAACGACAUCGAGCAUAUUGUUCGGGAAUGGUCUGAAGGAAAGGAGGCAUUAAUGAAAGAUGUUAGAUUAACCACAUCUUCAAACCUUUUGGAAGGAGAAGUCAAUGAGCUACCGUCGCCACCUAGUUCGCCGCUGUUUCCAAAUUACUCUGAUCUCAUGGUACCCUCCCGACAAAUCCGCAGUGUACUCUCCGAUAAUCAAUAAUACGCUAGAAUCUAAUGGUAACAUUUACAACUUGGUGAUACGAAGAUCCGAGUUUAUUUCAUAAUCAUAUAUACCACUGCAUAUAUUUAUCGUCCAUAUACCGAUGCUUGAGUUCAUGACGAAUGUACAGUAUAAUAAACAUCUUCCUUCUUAACUUAAAACAUAUCGAGUAUGCUGGGUUGGUAAUAAGAACAUAAUCUGGUUCUAGCGCUCUCUAGGUCAGAUUGAAAAUCCACUGUUUAUCUUCAGGCACUGAUGGUGUGAUCGUAGUCAAUAGUAGGCAUGACAGAUGACAUGAAUUUGAGAAAUAUGAUCAGGUAUCUAUGGUUUGCAAUUUUAAGUAUAUUAGUAAGU